AUGUCGAGCCGGUUUUUCGGGUUCCCCCGUGCAUCGAGACUAAUAGGGCCGUGGACUCCAGUAUUCAUUUCCGAUUCUACGGAGACCCUCCCAAGCCGCCAGGCGUGUUUUCUAGUACUGCUCCUUGCCAUUUUCGCUAGUGCCCAAGUUGCCUGUGCUGGGACCGGUUCCGACCGCAUGCUCACCACCGCUAGUGCACGUCGAUACCUUAAAGGUGCGGAUGCCGACACCGAAGAGAGGUUGAGAAUCCUAGGGCUCAACAAACUGAAGUCGGUAUUCAAGAAAACUCCGAAUGCAAUGAAGACCCUCGAAGCAACUCCAGCCCUGGUCAAGCCUCUUCAGGACCCGAAGUUCAGUAAAACAUCGACCCUGCGGUGGUGA